CGUUUACACGUCACAAUUCGUCGGUGCCGAAAGCGACUCGCAUUCUUGCAUUCGUGUACACCUCACCUCAGUCUUUGCCUCGUCUCCGCUUUGUAGCUACUUUCUCCACGAAAAUCCAACGAAAAUGGGCUCCGGCAAGCAACAGAAAGUGCAGUCCUCGGGCUUCACCAAGGAAGAGGAGCUGCUGCUGCAGGACUUCAGCCGCAAUGUGAGCACCAAGUCCUCGGCGCUCUUCUAUGGCAAUGCCUUUAUCGUGUCGGCCGUUCCAAUCUGGCUCUUCUGGCGCAUCCACAACAUGGAUCUGUGGCCCAGCUCCAUCCUGUUCGUCCUGGUGACGGCGGCUAGCACUUAUCUGAUGGCCACCGCCUACAAGAACAUCAAGUUCCAGCUGAAGCACAAGAUCGCCGGCCGCAGGGAGGAGGCGGUGACCCGCGAGGUCAAUCGCCAGGUGGGCGACGACAAGAAGGUCACGCGCAAGGAGAAGGACGAGCGCAUCCUGUGGAAGAAGAACGAAGUGGCCGACUACGAGGCCACCACCUUCUCCAUCUUCUACAACAACGCCAUCUAUCUGGCCGUGAUCAUCUUCAUCAGCUUCUUCAUCCUGAAGAACUCGACGCCAUUCAUCAACUACAUCUUCUCGGUGGGCAUCGCCAGCGGCGCCCUGGCGCUCUUCUCCACCAGUGCCCAGACGAAUUAAUCGCGUCCACAUGUCAUCCCAAGUUCAUGUACUCGUAAUGUAAGCCCUUCAAGAGAUUUCCUGGGACAGCGGGCUGGUGUCCCCUUUUCAUCCGCCAGCCCUCCAUCCCGAUCGGCAUUUUAAGCAGCGCGAGCAUAGAAAUUUUAUAGUAUAAACACCAACUUGUUGUCUUUCUUGUAGAAAGCUGAUCAACUUCCAUUCGCAGAUGAUUUAAUAAAUUGUAAAGUUAAA